UCAAUUCCCUAUAAAUAAUCCUCCUAUUGUCUCCUUCAAACUCCCGGCCUGCCUUCCAUUAUUUACAUAAACCACUCUCUUUGCAGAAACACAUUACUUUUCGUCUUCAUCCUUUGAAAUGGAUUGUUGCGGCUCUCCUUUUGAUUGCCUUAUCUUCGAUUUGGAUGACACUCUGUACUCCUCCAAGUUGGGGAUCGCUGAAGCUCUAAGGAAGAACAUUGACGAUUUUCUCGUUGAGAAAUGUGGAUUUGCAGAGAACAAAGCUUCAACUCUUCGAGUUGAACUAUUUAAAACUUAUGGCAGCUCUCUUGCUGGUUUGCGGGCUUUAGGAUAUGAUAUCGACGCUGAUGAUUACCACAGUUUUGUGCACGGAAGAUUGCCUUACGAUUUGAUUAAGCCGGACGGUCAAUUGCGUAACCUUUUGUGCAGCAUCCCCCAAAGAAAAAUUAUUUUCACCAAUUCGGAUAGAGUUCACGCAAUUAAGGUCCUGAAACGGUUAGGAUUAGAAGACUGCUUCGAUCAAAUCAUAUGCUUUGAGACGAUGAAUCCAAAUCUAUCCAAAUCGAUGCGUCCUGAUGAGUUCCCUGUUCUUCUUAAGCCUUCAAUGGACGCCAUGAAAAUUGCUCUCCAAGCCGCCAAUGUCGACCCUCGCCGCACGUUGUUCCUGGACGAUAACGCGCGCAAUGUAGCAGCAGGGAAAGCUAUGGGGCUUCAAACUGUUCUGGUUGGAAAACCGAUGAAGAGCAAAGAAGCAGAUUAUGUAUUGGAGAAUGUAAACAAACUGGCACAGGCAAUUCCUGAAAUUUGGGUGAUCGGAGAGGACAAUGCUAGUACUGCUCCAAGCAUCAACCGCAUCAGGAGUGAAUUAGAUUCCAUACUUGCAACCACUCCCGUCGGAGCCUGACCACAUCACAUACGCAAUCAACACCGACGAUUUGUACAUUUACCAAAUUCCAAAAUCCAUGUGGGUAUCAUCAAAAUGUGCAUAUGCAUUGUUACGUAUGUAAAUGGUAUGUCCAUGUUAAUAAAAAAAUGUAUCACUAUGUCUAUUCGAAUGCAAUCCAUGGGAUCAAUACUUAUUACAUCAAUA